AUGAGUGAAACAAAAACAACAAAUGAACUAAUAGAACCAGUUCAUAAAAAAUCAAAAGUAAUAGACAAAUUAUUUAAAAAAGAACGGUCAUUACCUCAACUUAGUCAACACCAAAUAAAGAAACCAGUUGAAUUUCCAAUACAAAGAAGUUUAAGUCCACCAGUGUUAUUAGAUGAUUUUGGAGAUACAGGACUAACUUCAGUAAUUGAAAUUGACGAUGAAUAUUUAAUACAGACAAAAGCAUUUAUAAAAGAUUCUAAAAAUAAAAUACAUCAAAUAUUAAUGGGAAAUGAUACAUAUAAUAUUUGGCUUGAAUAUUCUAAAACACAAAACUUUUCAAUGUUUAAUAAAUGGAAUAAUUUUUUAAUUACUAAAUUUACAGAUAGAACAAAAAGACCAUUAAUCAUUAUUAAUGCCGAUGAAUUUCAAUUAAAAGAUUAUUCAUUUAAUGAAAACCAAAUUAAAUUAUUUUAUUUGUAUUUAAUAAAUAAAUUGGAUCAAUACGUAAAUCAAGAAUAUAUAAUUGUUUAUAUUGACUCAAGUGAUUCUCUUCCAUUACAAUUAUUUAAAUCUUUAUAUCAAUUAUUUCCUGAAAAAUAUCAUAACAAUUUAUAUUAUAUUUUAUUAUUAAUGCCUGAAACUAUUAAAUUAAAAUUUACUACUUCUUUAUUAUCUCAUAAAACUAUUUCAAAAAUUAAAUUAAUAAAAGACCUUUAUGAUUUAUAUGAAGAUAUCCCUGUUGGUGUUAUUCAAAUUCCUCAAUGGGCAUUAAUUAGUUAUACUUCAAUUCCUCAUCCAAUUUUUGGUAUUUCAUUAAAAGAUGCAAAUAAAAGUAAUUAUAGAGGUCGCUCUGGAAUUCCACUUGUCAUUGAGUGUGGUAUUCAAUAUUUUUCUGCAAAUAUUGAUGCUUUUACAACUGAAGGCAUUUUUAGAAUGAGUGGAAAUAAAGAACGUGUAGACCAAUAUAUUGAAGCAUUUAAUUAUUGUAGAAUUACUUCAUUUCCAUUGACUGAAGACCCACACAUUGUUACUUCUGUAAUGAAAACAUAUUUGCAAUCACUUCCUGAACCGUUAUUGACAGCAGAUAUUGGUCAAGAAGUAGUAAAAAUUUUUUCUUCUAUUCCAAAUAAUAACACUACUUCCCAAUUAAAAGAAUUAAUUUUACAAAUUCCAAAUGAAAAUAGACAAUUGUUAUUGGCUUUAGUUAAUUUAGCUCAUUUAAUUUCAACUCAACAACAAUUUAAUAAAAUGGAUCGAGUUAAUAUGGGUACUAUAUUUGGUCCUUAUAUAUUCUGGAAAGAAUACUCGAUGAAAUCUAUUUCUGAGGUUAAAUGUGUUAAUGCUUUAUUUACUUACUUAAUUACAAAUAUCAGCGAUUUUAUUGAUGUUAUGUUAGAUUGA